AUGAAGUUCUCCGCUGCCACUACUUUGGCUGCCCUUCUGGGCGCCGCCUCGGCCGGCUCCAAGUCCGAUGACAGAACCUUUGCCGUCCUCCGCUUCAACAACAAGCAGCUCGUCAAGACCCGUGUUGAUCCCAUCAUCAACCCCGGAAAGCCCGCGACCCACGUUCACGGCGUCAUGGGAGGAAGCAACUUUGGCAUGUCGGCCACUGGCGAGACUCUAUCCCAGUCCAAGUGCACCAACGCCAUGAUCAACGGCGACAACAGCGCCUACUGGUUCCCGUCUCUUUACUUCCAGGACCCCAAGACCAAGGAGUUUGAGGCUGUCGAUGUUUUCUAUGUCAACGUCUACUACUUCUUCGAUGGCACCGAUGAUGAGAUCAAGGCCUUCCCCAAGGGCCUGCAGAUCUUUAGCGGUAAUUCCUCCGCUCGCGUUGCCCCGUCGUCUGGAGGCAAGGAAAACCUAGAGCCGGCGGACGGCCCCAUCCAGCCUGUUCAGUGGACUUGCCCCAGAUCCAACUACAACCCGCCAUCGUACCCUGCCAACUCUGACGGCACUACCGCCGGCAUCGUCGAUCCCAACAACGACGGCUCCGGAGUCGGCUUCCCCGACCAGAACUGCGACGGCUACGCUUCUCCCCUCCGUGCCGAUGUCCACAUGCCUUCCUGCUACAACCCCAACGCUGCCCUGACUGACUACGAGAGCAUGGCCUGGCCUUCGAACAAGGGUGCGUCGAACAGCCGCCGCAAAAACUGCCCUGCCGGAUGGAUCCACGUUCCUCACAUGUUCUUCGAGGUCUACUGGGACACUCCCAAGUUUGCCAGCCGCUGGACUCCCGGCCAGGGCUCGCAGCCCUUUGUCCUCUCCAACGGUGAUGCCACUGGUUACAGUCUCCACGCCGACUUCAUUGCUGCUUGGGAUGAGACCGUUCUCCAGCAAAUCAUUGACAACUGCAACGCCGGCUCUUCUGGUAUGGACAAGUGCCCUGGUCUCCUCAAGGGCCUCAACACCAACAAGGACUGCACAAUCUCCUCUCCCGUUGACGAAGUUGUCGAUGGUCUCAUGAGCAAGCUUCCCGGCAACAACCUCCUCACCUCCUUCGGUGCUGUCGUCAGCGGUGGCAGCAGCAGCGGCAGCGGUAGCGGCAGUGGUUCUGUUGCCAACCCUUCUGGUUCCUCUGCUUCGUCUGCGGCGACGGCUGCUUCUGCAAAGCCCUCCGCCGUCCAGCCUUCUGCCAGCAAGCCCGCCACCUCUGGCUACGUCAGCCAGGAGGAAGUCCCCAAGACAUCCGCCGUGGUCGCUUCCGAGCUUCCCAUUCAGGUCGCCCCUGAGAAGGCCAGCACCAAGGCUGCCGAGACGUCUGCCGCUGCCGCCGUCCCUACCACCAACGCAGUCGCGCCCAAGCCCUCGGCAUCUGGGUGCUCCCGCAAGACCAGGACCGUCUACAAGACCGUCACCGUCACCUCUCCCGCAGAGGAGUCCAAGGCCGCUGCGACCCCCGCCGGCUCUACCGACAACUACAAGGCCCGUCGCCACGUCCACGAACACGAGCACCUCCACCGCCACCGCAGCAACCGCAAGUAA